UUAAGUUUUUUCCUCAACCGCCAUUUUGUGUGUCCCAGGCAGUUGAUCGGACGAAGUGGUACUCCUGAAAUGGAUAAUAAUCCCAUUGCGUUGUAGAUAUUUAUAUUUUAACCGAGCGUACAUUGAUUACCAUCUAUCAGGAUACACGUACCUGUAUUUUACAAAUAGGUCGGUUCUCUCUCUGUCGACUGCGAGAGAGCUGUCCGGUCGCCUUCAUCUUGUUUACCUUUCGGUCCUACGGUGGCUAAACUCUAGAGCUAACGCUAGCAUCGCUUCCUGCUAGCCAGUUAGCAAGGGUAGGCGAAAUGGCGGCCAAGGCGACGCAAGCAACUCCCGCGACUAACUGGUCGUAUGGAGCUUCCCCGGAUGGCCAGGCUCAUGAGAACCCAGAGUGGGAGAAGGCAAGACAGGCUCUUGCCUCCAUCACCAAGAGCCAGGGCUCCAACAAAGCGCCACCAGCCAACCGAACGCCAGCGGAGGCCGGUCAGUUUCAGCCAUCAGCGCCGGACUCAUCCGCCAUACAACAACAGCAGCAGUACUUUCCAUGGUACCAGCAAAAUCAGCAACAGCAGUAUCCAGCAGGAUACACGUAUCCCUAUAACUAUUACUACCCAAUGAGUCCAUAUGGCUCUACCUACACACCAAACCAGUACGGUGCUCCUCCAGGUCCAGGUUACCCAGCUCCCUCUGCUCCUAAUGGACAGCCUCCACCUGUGCCUGGACUUGAUGAUCAGUCAUCCAACUACCCCCCUCAGGCCCAGCCCCCAGCCCCUGCAAUCCCACAGCCUCCCCCUAGUCCAACCAACUUGGAAAAACCACCUCUACCUCCAUCCAUACCGGCCCUUCCCAACUCCCAGUACCCUCCUGCCCCAGCACAAAGCGCCUACAACGGCCCCAACUCAAUGCCUUACCAAUCGGUUGACCCCAACCAUAUGCGUGCGUACAAUCACAACCAGGGAAGAUCCAACUAUGGCCAGGGCUUCCAUGCCCAGAACCCCUACCAAGCUACUCAGAAUAAUCCCCAGAAUCACCCCCAGAAUCAGCAUCAACAACAGCAGCAGCCGCAGCCACAUCAGCAACAUCAGCAACAUCAGCAGCAUCAACAACAACAACAACAACAACAACAGGGCCAGUAUGGACAAGGCCUUGGAAGAGGAGGAGAUGUCAACAAAAAUAAAAACAAUCAGAAACCGGUUGGACAACAACUCUGGCACCGCAUGAAGCAGUCUCCGGCAGCAGGUGCUGUGAAAUUCAAUAUUCCAAAGAGGCCUUAUGUCAUGACCGGUCCAAACCUCCCCCCGGUUGAGCAGCCGUCUGGGUUAAACCUUUCCCCCGGCUCCCCGGCUGGUGCCAACACUGCUUCUGGAGCAGCUCCAAUGAGGCCCCAGGACUGGCCUCAGGCUAUGAAGGAAUAUGUGCAGCGCUGUUUCACUGCCUGUGAGACUGAAGACGACAAGGAUCGCACUGAGAAGGUGCUCAAAGAAGUGCUGCAGGACCGGUUGAAGGAUGGGUCCGCGUAUACCAUUGACUGGAACCGUGAGGCUUUGCCUGAACUGAAAGCCAAGCAGUCUCGCUGGGAAGCCAUACCAUCACAGAGGACUUUGGACAGCGCUAUAAGCCGCGGUGGAAGCACUCCGACAGUUGCUCGGGGUCGAGGAGGAGGAGGUGGUGGUGGUGGUGGAGGUGGUGGUGGAGGAGGAGGAGGACACAGGCUUGGGCACUACCGCAACGUUUUCUCCCAGCGGAGCCCAUCAUCGAGCUCCUCCCGCUCUUCGUCUCGCUCACCGUCACCGUCCCACAGCCGACACCGGGACCGCAGCCAGAGACACAGACGCAGUGAUUCCGGCUCCCAGUCUGACAGCAGCAUUUCCAGUGACCUCCGACCUCAGCUGUCUCGGCGGCAAAAAGGAGGCCGGGGUCGUGGCGGUGACAGAGAGCGAGGCCGUGGAGGCGGAGAGAGAGGACGUGGGAGAGGAAAGGCCAAUAGAGGAAGGAGAAACGCUGAUGACGGCAACGCUGGUGUCGGUGGAAAGAAGAGGAAAGGGGGCAACGCCGGCCUGGACUUUCAUGACCCUAUGAGGGAGGCCAAGAAGCAGAGCAGAGCACAACGCUUUCACAAGCAGUUGCGCUCAGAGCCCUUGGUUCUCUCCAUCAACUCCCUGGACCUGCCCAACGGCACCCAGGAGGGCCUCAGUUGGGAGGACUGUCCUAUUGUAGGAACCUGCCAGGACAUCACUAAGAUCUACUUGAGACUCACCUGUGCCCCAGACCCCGCCACUGUGCGCCCUGUGCAUGUACUGAGAAAAUCCAUCCAGGCGGUGAAGCUUCACUGGAAGACGCACCAUGAUUACACCUAUGCAUGUGAACAGAUGAAGUCCAUACGACAGGACCUCACGGUCCAAGGAGUCCGUACAGAGUUCACUGUGGAGGUGUACGAGUGUCACGCUCGCAUUGCUCUGGAAAAGGGCGACCAUGAGGAGUUCAACCAGUGCCAGACGCAGCUUAAAGCCCUCUACAAGGACAAUCCUUCGGAAAACCUUGGGGAGUUUACAGCCUACCGAUUGCUUUAUUACAUUUUCACCAAAAACUCUGGGGAUCUGACCACUGAGCUGGUAUACCUGACCCCGGCCCUGCGGGAGGAUAGCUGUGUAUCUCAUGCUCUCUCCCUCCGGGCUGCCUGGGCCCUGGGCAACUAUAACCGCUUCUUUAAGCUCUACCUGUGUGCCCCACGCAUGGCUUCUUACCUCAUUGAUAAGUUUCUUGACAGAGAGAGAAAGAUUGCAUUACGGGCCAUGCUCAAAACCUUUAGACCCGACCUGCCGGUCCAGAAUGUGCAAUCCGCUCUGGGGUUCACUUGUUUAGACACCUGUUUGGCUUAUCUUGCCGGGUUAGGGGUCACCUACUACCCUUCUGACCCCAGCAAAAUAGACUGCAAAGCCAGCUCAGCAGCUGUGGCAGCUUCUUGAGAGAGGGGAGGGGUUAAGCGAGGUUAGGGGAAGAGCUCUAAAAUGAGGUGCAUAGGGAUGGACAGGGAACCAUAUGGGCGUAUGUACUGCACUCUGAUCCCCUCGGCUAGUGGAAGACACGUAGCGGCUGAAGUGAGGCAGAGCAGCAGCAUGGUAGUAGUCUAGGGGUCCUGCUCGCAGACUAAAACCUUACUACUGAGACAAGCUGAGCCACUGACACUUCAAACACAGGACAUACAUUUAACAGCCACCAACAUUUACAAAAACAGCCUAUUACUUGACAAUUCAAACUAGAUCCAAGUUCCAGACACCAGUUUAGUGAUCAAGCCCCACAAUGCCUAGCAGAGUCAGUGAAGCCCCCCCCCCCCCCAGGCCCUCACCCCAUUAGCACCCUCGGAUGUAAAGCUAACAGUGUUCUGUUGUGUGUUUCCUUCCUCAAGUCAACAGCUCCCAAGUCCUGAAGAUUCAAGUGGUGUCUUCUCAAAAAGCAAAAUGUCUUCUUCCAAGUCCCCCAUCAAGCUCUCAGCCCUUGGGGCAACGCCCGGGGGAUUGAAGACAACGUGUUGUGUUUUAAAGACUGUAAGCCAAAGUAUCGUGGAGAUCCCAGCAACGCUGAAGAAGAGGAGCUGGUUUGUAUGUCCUGUCCCCUCACCCCUGCCCUUCAAUUAUCCUGAAGUAUCUGCGAUUGGCUGUCAAUGCGAUUGGCUGUCAAUCCUAUCAACCAACCACACCCGCCUGAAUGAAAUGGACUAAUGAAAUGGAGUAGUUCUAGGUCCCGUUCCUGAUUUAAUAAGUAGAAUUCAACAUGGUCUUACCUGGCUAACCACCUUCCUGAAGCUCCCAUAGGAUUGGCCACCAUUAGUACAUCCAUGCCCCUUUGAAUGGCACGCUGCCAUGAUAUAUCCCAAGAUAGCCAAUGACUUUAAUAAUCUGUAUGGCCACUGCCAGCCGGGGCUACCUCCCCUUCCCGGUAACGAGGAAAUCCAACUCAUUGCCCCAGUAUGCCAUCGCCUGCAGGCGGAGGGAAUCCAUCUGCGCCACCAUGGUGAGGUGGAGCCGUGCAGUCAGCACUAGAGAAUCCGGAGUAAGCCUGUCACCUUUGCCUUGGACAGUACACAAAGUAAAUGGCAAUGUCACUGCCCAUCGUAUCAACAGUGGAUUGGCCGCAGAGGAGCCUCUACCUCCAAUUCAACGUCGGCCGUGGCAACGCUCCCAGGAUGGACGUGAUGGUUUGUAUACUACACCUUGAUCCGGUUAAAGCAGGCAGUUGGCAUGAGUGGCUGGUAAGAGAUGGCAAGUGGCAGUUUUGGGAAGGGCAACAGGGAGGUUACAGUUUAAGGCAGAUGGUUGGUUUCCUAGCCUAGGUUCUAGAUGUUUAGUUAAAUGUAUUCAACAAAUUAUUCUUUUUUUAAACAUCUUCCAUAAGUGGUAAAGGUUUAGAGAAGAUGAUAUAUGCUGCUAUAUAAUUUGACCUACUUGAUAGGGUAAUAAAAAAAUGAAUCAAAGACAAAAAUCAACUUGCAAUAAAUGGGGUUCUGUGGAGAGUGGUAGCAAGUAGAGGGAAACAUCAUGAAAACAAAAACCUUCCAGCUAGGAGCCAUAAGCUCUUAACGCCAGGACAUGUCCAUUCCUGAAAUCACAAAGGGAUUUGUUCUGGCAUGAAUACUAAGUAUUUCUAUCCUGAAUAUAUUGCCUGUUCCUGUAUUGGUUGGCACUAAUCUCAUUUAAAAUAACGCAGAAGGCAUGCACAAUGUUCUCCCAACGGCAGGGAUGGGCAGACCAGAGCCAGGCAGCAAGUCUCCCCACAACACAGAUAAAAAAAACAGUAUUACACUGCUCAUCUGAGAAAUCACUUUCAGUGUGCAUUUGAGCAAGUAAAUGGCUGUUGUAGGCAUCCAGUAGAGUAUAAACUUGCAGAUUUUCUUUUUGUGAAUAUGUAUAUUUCAGUUUUGCUUUAGUUGGUCUAGCUAUGUUCACACUAAGGUGUGACCUUUCUGUUUUGGCUCAAUUAUUUUUCAACAGUUUAUGUAAAUAUGUACAGCUGAAUUCAGGAUAUUGAUUCCCUUUUAUAGGUGGCAUUGCUUUGUUAAUGACAUUGACAAGUAUUAUCGUUUUUUGCAAUUAGGAUACAUUGGAGGCUCUCGUUGGACAUUGUUUUUCCUAUUGAAUCCAUAAAACAUAUUGACAUAUCUAUUAGUAAUGGUAGUACUUCUACAACUACUAUUACAUCUAGUAGUGGUUGACCAAAGGGGGCAGUUUUCUAAACCAAAUCUUUGUCAGAUAAUGGUUUCGGUCUAUAUUAUGGCUUGUUUAUCUAUCAGUGUGUGUAUAGAAUUUGGUUGAUUUUGAGUUUAUUUUUUUGUUGUGCGAGUUAUGACAAAUAUUUGGUUUGUUAAACAUCCUCGGGUUCCCAAAAUGGUUCAUAUUUUUGAAAUAUGAACUGUUUUGGUGAUUUUGUAGUGGGGAAAUUGCAAAGUUAAACAAUCUGUUGGAGGUUAAAAUGAGUUGAUUAGAAAUGGAUAUUUAAUCCCAAAUCAUUACAUUUACCAUCAAAAGGAAUGUUUGUUUUCCUACACAUUUGUUGAAUAUGGUUGUUAGAUUUUCCCUACCCUCCUGUUGCUAUUCACUGUUUUGUCUAACAUGCUGCAAGCCUUCUGACUUGUGUUUUUUUAGUACUGCAUUGCAGGAGCUAACGGAGUCAUGUGUGUGGGGGCAACACCGACCUCGGCCUCCUGAAGCAAGCAACCGGAGAGAGAGAGAAUUGUGAGCAAUCCAACUCUUGGUUUGAUCGACUCAAGUUCAAGCCAAACGGCCUGUUCAAAUAUACAUGGGAGGCCCACAUGCUGAAAUGUCUCUGAUGCACAACAUGGUUGCGUUUGUGAAUUUCAAAGAAACGUCCAUUAACCCGCAUCAGUUUACUUGCUCACAUUUCUUUUGUUUUUGAACAACAAUUACAGCAUUCUUGUAGUGCUCUGUUUGUCCAGAUGCAUUUAUGAUUUGUGAAAAGACCGUAAAUGUCAAUAUUACAUUCAAUAUUUUUUUUUCAGUUAAGAUUGUAGUUCAUUUCGGUUUUGUAUUUAGAUAGAUAGGAAUUAGCUUAACUUUCACUUUAGAAUAGAGUAGAACCGCAAAAUCGAUCUGGACAUACAGAAAACAAUGUUUAUUGCUCAACUAGAAAACCUAAGAUGUAUGUUGGUUUACAGCAGUUUGUUUGCUCCUUUUCACUGGCUUGUUGUAAGCCUAAGACUCCAGGUUCAACACUGUAUGUCUCUUACACAGGUGUGUUAAACUGAUGCUCCAAAAUUCAUCAGUGACCCGCCUCUUAAUUCAAUUUGUGUGUCCUCCCGUUAUCAAUUCAUGUUUUUGGUUGGUUGUGAUUCCCUUGUUUUCCCCCUCCUUCGUACGUGCACAAUUCAUCUCUCUCCAUCAGCUUCUGACUAUUUAAAACCUUGUCUUUUGCACCUUGUCCACUCUCUACUCAAAUUUUACUUGCAUGUGCCCCCCCUCAUCCUCUCCUUUCAUCAAUUUGCUAACCAAGUGUUCUCUCUCUCUCUAACCACACACUCCAGUUUUUUUGUGUUGAGUAUGUUAGUGCCAUUCUUUGAGUGCAACUUGCCACUCAGUAGUAAGUAUUGUAUUGUGUGCAAUCCGUAAACGCUGUGGCUAACUAAUAUCCAAGCUCAAGGAUUAUUGCAAUGUCCCCCUACCCCCUCCUUUACGUCAAUUUCAAUCCUCCACAGAUAUAUAUUAUACUGCCGUUUUGUAUAUGUGUACAUAUUCUUGAUUUUCGAGAAGUCUAAUAAAAUCAAUCAAAUAUG